AUUUUGACGUACCCUGAUUGGUGAAAUUUAAAGGAAAUGGCGGCAAGUCAGUAGGACCUGUGAAACUUGUACAUUUUUUAUUGCAAUACGUUCUUUUUAGAAGGUCUCGGUGCCUUUGUACCCACAAUUUUGUUACCAUGGGGUACAUGAAGUUGUUCGGCAUUGCCUUAGCUGCUAGUUUCGCAGUAGACUUGUUGUAUCUAUUUGUUUUCCGGCGGCGGAAGAGAGUGACUUCUGGAGAGAAGGCGCAGAAGGGACACGUGAUACACAAGGUGCUGUUUUUCCCAGAUGCGCAGGUGUCCUGUCCCAGACAGUCGCAGCCAGGUGGCUGUAAGAUGCGCAGAUGCAAGUUUACACAUGACACCACUUCUCUCAGUCAGCUAAAACAGUACUUAUGCAGUGCCAAGAAGACAUUAGACUUGUGUGUGUACACGAUAUCGUGUCUUGACUUGGCCAGAACUGUGGUGGACCUGCAUCACAAGGGAGUGAUAGUUAGGGUCCUCACAGACAAGGAGCAGAUGGAACAAACAGGCAGUCAAGUAUGGUACUUCAGGAGCGAAGGCAUCCAAGUCCGCCAUGACAACACUCCAUACUUUAUGCACCACAAGUUUGCCAUAGUGGACAACUCACUCCUCAUCAAUGGGUCAUUCAACUGGACACGCCAGGCCAUCACGGGCAACUCGGAAAACCUCCUGGUCACCAAUAGCCGUCGGAUCGUACGGCCGUACAUUGGAGAGUUCCAGAGGCUGUGGGAUACGUACGAGCCGGGACUGUUGAAGAAAAGAAGGGAGGAGUCUGAGAAGUUUCUUAAAGAUUUGAAGGCUUCAGAAACUAGCAAUGGGGUUUAAGAACAAAACAUUUUUAACACUUCAUCUAAGGUAUUAUUUGUAGAAGUCAUAUAAUUGCAGUUUUCCAAGAUUAAGAGAGCUUUUUCCAUGCCACACAAAGUUAUCGAGUACAUGUAGUUGUUUCGGUAUUGGUGUCGACUUUUAAAAGAAUAGGUAGAAGUUUUCUGAAAUGUACUUGGAGUGAAUGCUUCAUAUUUUAACAGCACAAUGUUUAAGCCAUGGUAGUUUAUAAAAAAACAACUUUAUGAUUAGUGUCUUAGAUUGUACUGUUUAAGCCAUAUUAGUAUAUGUUUGUUUGGACCUUUUUUUUUUUUUAUUCAUGAAAGCUCAAAUCGGCCUGCAGGCUUAGAAUACUUAAAAUCUCUCAGCUUUCGUAUAUCUUUACCACCACUGUAAUAUUACAAUGUAUAUAUAAGCCAUGUUGUUUCACUGUUACUUCCCAAAACCUCUAAGCAAAAUGC